AUGAGUUCAAGAGUUUUUGAAUUCAAUAAAACAGUACAACGACAUUUAAAUUGUUUGGCUGAAGACAAUCGAAACGUCCGCAAAAAAGCGUUGGAGGAAAUAAAGGACCGUCUCUAUGUCGGUCAAGAUUCGUCGCUUGGUGAUCAGUUAUCUUCCGGCGAACUUCAAUUAAUUUUGUCCGAGAAUUCUUUCAUCAGUCCCAUUUUGAGGGUUUUCAACGAUCCAAUAGAAAAGUGCAGAGAAAUUGCCAUUUCGAUCGUGGUGCAAGGUUUGGAAACGAUGCCAGAACCUGAAGAAUUACUGCAGUACAUAUUUCCAAUUAUGAUCAAACGUUUAGCUCAGAGUGAAGUUGUUGAAAACUCAGAAGAAAUCAGACUCCGGCUUGUUAAAAUGUUAAUAUUAGUCAUUCACAGCUGCAAAAAGAACGUUGCUCCAUAUACUGGAGAUAUAAUAAAAAUAUUAGAACAAACAAUUAUUGAUACUUAUCCAGAAGUUAAAAAAGCAAGCUGCGAAUGUGUUUCUUCUCUUGCUGAAACAGUUUCGAGUCAGUUCUAUUCACACUCGGAACCAUUGAUAAAACCUUUGUCAAUAACUAUCACUCACCAACAUUCAAAAAUUCGAGUUGCUGUGAUUAAAGCUCUGGGUAGCACUGUGAUUCAGAAUAGCAACAACAAGCUUGUUAAUGAUGUUAUUUCUCAUUUGGCUCAAAGAUUGUUUGACCCUGUGGCAGUUGUAAGGUUGGAAGUGAUCAAAGUGGUUGGUGACUGGCUGCUGAAUCUUGUCGACAGAUACUCUUUCCAUCACAAAUUAAUUCCAUUACUGUUGAGUGGAAUGACCGAUGAUGUGCUGGAGAUUAGGGAAGAAGCUGACUGUUUAUGGUCAGAUGUUGGUAAAAAGUAUGAACUUGAGAAUGAAAAUGAAUUGAAAGAUAAGAUGGACUUCGUCAAACCGCAACCCGACCACUUUCCGCCAAAUAUAAUUCGACCAAAUUUAGGCUGUAGACAACUAGUGUAUUUACAUUAUUCUAAAAUACUACCUGCCAUCAUCGGGGACAUUGGUGAUUGGGUAGCACCAACUAGGAUAAAAGCUUCUCAAUUGUUAUAUACACUAUUAAUCAACGAGGAAGAUAAUGUGACACAACAUUUGGAUAAAACAUUGGAAACUUUGUACAAAGGUUGCAUGGACGAAAAUGGACUGGUUGUCGAAUAUAUAAUGAAGUGCUCAGAACUUAUCGGUUAUUAUGUGCCAGCCCAUGUUUGGUGUAAAGUGGUGAUUCAGAAUAUUAUGCUGUUGCAAUCGUCGGGCUCAGUUUUAAUACUUGCACACGUCAUUCGGGGCUCUUCAUCGCUCCAACUUGGAAACCACUUGGCAGAAAUAGUUAAAACACUUCUGGAGCGUGGAAUUUGUCAGGUGGCAGAUCACAAAAUGCAAACAUCUCUGCUGAUGUGCGUCCAUUCAAUGUUGCACACCGUACCGGACAGAUGUCAGUCCAUCGGCUAUGAACUGCUGUUUUUGUUAUUGAAUUUAUUAGCUCUUCACAGAUCACAACAACUGGCCGCCCAGGUUGAAGGUUGCAUAGACGUGUUAUACAAAAUCGAAGGCAUGUGCGCAAGAGACGAACUGAUGACGAAACACGCACGUACCUUCAUAGAGCAAAUGAUUCCACUUUCGCGAGACUGGACACAACAUUCACCUGAAUUGCUUCUCUUUGAAACUUUUAUAAACUCAGCAGGUAGGUCUUCGAUCAAGUCAGAUAUGGACGGUGUGUUGGUAAUUUUCAAAAAUAAUUUGGAACCAUCUAAGAACCAUAUGGUCAGACACAGACAGAAUAAAAGCUACACACUCAUCUCAACACUAAGCAUUCAACAAACAACCAGCAAACAAUCGAGAGGAAGAUUGGUAGAUGUUGUUGAGAAGAUGGUCCUGCCAAAUUGUGCCUGGAGUGUCGGUAGGACUUCUGAAGUCAUCAGAUCAUCGGCUGUUCUUUGUCUAUGGAUCAUCCUUUCCUCUGAAAUUGUUGAUAGGGACUUGCUGCAGGAAUUUACGAACAAGAACUUGAUUUCACAGUUGAAGAGUUUGUUAGAAGAUGACAGCAAAGCCACGAGAUUGACAACAUGCAACUUGUUGACACGUUUAUUCAACAUCGCCACGGUAGAGGUGCCUGAAGAUAACAUCCUGUACAACAUGUACCCUGAUUUGCUGAAGAGAUUGGAUGACAGCAAUGAUGAAGUGAGAAUAGCGGCUGCCGACACUUUCGCCUCUUACAUGUCUUGCCUCUUGCCUUCUUAUAACGUACCUCUUUACGGAGCUCAUUUGGAAGAAAUUUACAAAGGACUUCUCGUACACCUCGAUGAUCACAACGUUGACGUUCAAACAGCUAUUUAUAAUACCUUGCAGAAAUCGUGCACGCUGGAUCCAGAUCGACUGUUGAAGUUGGCUGCUGAUGUCAGGUACAAACAUCGAAACAGUUAUUUGUGCGAGCAACUCAUCAACCACAUUCAUUCCAUCGCAAAACCGUAAUAAAAACUACCUCCCUAACCACCUUCUAUUUGUUCUUCGUUCUCGUGAAUCGACCGCUGAGAUUGUAGCAUUAUUCAAUCCUGCCAAAAUGAACGGAUGCUUUGUUAAAAUGUGUUCACAUUAAUCGCUUUUGUUCAUUUUUCAGUUAUUUUUUCUGUAGAAACAUUAUUUAAUAACAUUCGAAUAAUAGCAU